GAGAGAGAGAGAGAGAGUCCAGCGUGUGCGCGCGUGGCCAGUCGUGCGCGCUCCCAUCUUGUGACUCUGUACCGGUAAAUCGGGACUUCUUCACUCCCUCACGCGCUCGGCUCGUUAUUUAUUUAUUUAGCGAAUGACGACAGGUGUUUAAAAAACAACCGUGCGCGUGUCAGCUUGAGUGUGAGCGCGCGCUGGGGAAAGAAAGAAGAAGAAAAAGGAAAAAAAAAGUGAACCGUGGAAGUGAAGUGAAGCCAGUGAGUCGCGCGCAGAAACGGUGCCGGUUAUGUAACUUGGCGCUCGCGAGUGGACCGGGUCAGAGCGACGCGGAGAAGCUCCGGUGUGAGUCGGGAUCCGCUCGUCUCGCGCUCCGAUCUCGAGCGAGGAAAGAAACCUCAGUCGGAAGCUACACUCUCACGGAUUUCCUUGAGGACGGCUUGAAUAAAUCGACAGCUAGAGCUUGUCCUGCCAUUUCUGCGACUGAACUCCAUGGAAGUACAAAGAUGACCACCAGAGAUGUUAGCAUCCCAAUGUCACAUACAUAAGCAAAUUGUUUCCAGAUGAUCAGCUAACCAUUAGCAUGGAAACCAGGUGGUGAAGAUUAAAACAACAACAACAACAGCUGAAGCUACCUACCAGCCAUCAUUGGUUUGAUGGAAGAGGAGACCUGCUAGCUCAAAGAGUGCUAGUGUGCGAAGUGGACCAAGUUUGAGUGCAGUGAAAUAGCAAAUGGGAAACUACAGCCUCCAUACACGGCCUGGAUAGGAGAGGGAGUGAGCAUGGACAAGCUUUCUGAAUUUGGUGUCCUUUGUCCAUCCAGCAGGAGGGAAUGGGAAACCAGCAGCUGUGUGGAUGAUUUUAUGGACGAAGAUGAGAAAGACAGGGCUAAAAGGGCAUCCCGGAAUAAAUCUGAGAAGAAAAGGCGAGACCAGUUCAAUGUGCUCAUUAAGGAGCUGUGCACCAUGCUGCAGGGCCAAGGUCACCCACGCAAAAUGGACAAGUCUACCAUCUUGCAGAGGACCAUCAAUUUCUUGCAAAAGCAAAAAGAGAUCACAGCGCAGACGGAGACCUGUGAGAUUCAGCAGGACUGGAAGCCUUCCUUUCUCAGCAACGAGGAAUUUACCCAGUUAAUGCUGGAGGCAUUGGAUGGUUUCCUGAUUGCACUGAGGCUGGACGGGAAUAUCAUCUACGUAUCUGACAGUGUCUCCUCUCUCAUUGGGCAUUUACCAUCAGACAUGGUGGACCAGAACAUACUGAACUUCCUGCCUGAGCGUGAACAUGCCGAGGUUUACAAACUGCUCUCAACACACUUACUCAUGAGUGACCCCAUCAGCACAGACUACCUGGAGGGCAAUGAGACUCAUGUCGAAUUCUGCUGCCACUUAGUCCGAGGGAACAUUGACCUGAAAGACGUGCCCACGUACGAGUAUGUCAAAUUCAUUGGAGACUUCAAGUUCCAGAACAGUGUACCUCCAUCAUCAUGUAACGGCUACGAGCUGAUGUUCCCCCGUCCACUGCAGACCUCACUGGAGGAACAGAUGUGUUUAGUGGCUACAGUCAGACUGGUCACACCACAGUUUCUCAAGGACUUGUGUAGUGUGGAGGACCCAUGUGAAGAAUUCACAUCGAGACACAGCCUCGAGUGGAAGUUCCUCUUUUUAGACCACAGAGCCUCCCCUAUCAUUGGCUACCUGCCGUUUGAGGUGUUGGGGACAUCAGGAUAUGAUUAUUAUCACGUGGAUGAUUUGGAGCUCAUUGCUCAGUGCCACAAACAGCUGAUGCAGUGUGGGAAGGGGAAGUCUUGUUAUUAUCGCUUCCUGACUAAAGGGCAGCAGUGGAUCUGGCUCCAGACGCAUUACUACAUCACCUACCACCAGUGGAACUCCAAACCCGAGUUCAUCGUCUGUACACACACUGUGGUCAGUUAUGCUGAAGUCCGUGCAGAAAGGAGGCGAGAGUACGGGCUGGAGGAGAGCUCUGAUAUAUGCACCACCUCAGUAAAGGAGGUGUGUCUAGAUGUGUGUACUCCUAUGGACGCACCGCAAGACAGAAUCAGCAGCGCUCAAUCAGCUUCUUCACACAGCUCGCGCAAAUCCACACACACUGCACCAUCUGACUCGGCAUCAAACUCUUUGGUCCGGUAUAAAGAAAACUGCACGUCACCACGACAAUCAGUGUCUAUAGCAACCGAGAACUCAAACAGGCUGAGCCACGGAGCCACAAAGACCCUAAUUCAGAGACAGACCUCAUUGGAGCCCCCCUCCCCCUCCCACAGCCAGGCGUCAGUCAUGCACCAGGCGGUGUGUGCAGGUCUACCUCAGCCUCAGUUAGGUGUGAUGCACCAGCUGACGGAGCACCUGGAGAAGAGGAGACUGAUCCUGCAGCACGACAUCAAAACCCAGCAACAGGAGCUUCAUCACAUCAAAGAGAAACUACAGCUCACUAACCUGCAGAUGUUGCUGCAGCAGCCAGUGCAUGUGGAUUUUCCUCAUCAGGCUUCAGCUCCAAACAGCCAGUCAGGAAUCCUGCAGCACAACAACACACAACACCCCAAACCCCCACACUGCACAACACACACAGCCUCGUCUCACACACUGCACCGAGAGCAGCCCAGCAGCUCCACCACACAGCAGAGGCUGGUGCAGAUGCAGAACGUAUGCGUUCCGGUCCAAACACACACCAGCGUGACGAUGCCACUCUACAGCAACCCCAUGAUGUUCUCUCCAAACCAAGGAUACCGCAAUAUACCGAACACACACACACACCAUACACACCAUAUACAGCACACACACCAGCAAACAGAUGCAGACAGUGGGCCAGAAGGACAGUUACGGAUGCUGUUAAACCAGCCGGUACAGAAUCUGGUUCCAGACAGCAGUGGAACAGCAACCUCACACUGCAGCAGCACUAUCCAGCAAACCAAAUAUUUGGACCAGCAGAUGAUGGCCCCCUCUCUCCCAGUGCAGCAGGUCAGCUGUAACGCUGUUCUCAUCCCCUCCCCUGUGUUCACUUCAUCAAUAAUGAUUUCCCACAACAGUUUCAUCACUCCUGGAGCCACGCCCACCUACACGCCCAACCCCCAGAACAACCAGCAGGGCCUGCGCAUCCAACAGCAUCAGCAGUUCUUUCAGAUGCAGCCGCAGGGUCUCAUUCAGAGCGGCCCCACUCAGGCCUUUUUCCACACAACUAACGUCCAGCCGCAAAGCACUGUGGGAUACAUACAGCAACAACAACAACAGCACCUUCAUUCUCAGUCUUCGGCAAGCAGCUUAUCAGAUUACAGGAACAUACUUCCACGGUAGCCCCACCCCUCGGUGGGAGGACCAGAAAAGCUCCUGGGAUAGUGUACGGAGUGGUUGGCUCUAUGGCCCAAGAGGAAAGGAUGCUGGGAAGGCAGAGUGCGUGAAAUUCACCGCCAAGCCUCAAAAAACACCAAAGCCAAAAUCCCUCUGUGCCACGAAAAUGGACAUAUGGUGUGGUGAGCUGAGAAGCUCCGCCCUCCCAGACACUGCACACAAUGUUGUGCCUGUGGGAGGGGCUAGCUGUCAGUCACAGGAAAAGCCAUGACUCCCCCCCGCCCGCCCGACAUGGGGUAACUGGUGGACUGAAGAGAGACUCUUCAUGACGACUCAGAAGGAAAAAAAAGUGCUUUUGUAAAACCUGAAGUUUUAUAAAUUAUGGGUUUGUCUAGAUGUUUUCUGUCAUGUUUUGUUUCAUUUCUUUUUUUUUCCCCCCACACGGUUAUGGCAUUAUCGGGUUUGUGCUCAACAUUAUUGAAUAUGAAAAUCGUGCUGUUAGCAAAGAAAAAAAACAUUGCAUUCACACUGUUAGUGGUACGACAGAGUGGUGAGAAACUGUUCAUUUUUGAUAAAAGUUACGAUUUUACAGCAACAGGAGGCAGAGCGAGAGUUGGUGAAGUGAAAUGGGUGGGGCAAAGUAACACUUUUGAGCCAGGUACAGUUUAUUCUUAUGCGAAUGAGAAACAAAUACGGCAAAUACCAACAAAAGCUAUGACAGUGUAUGACUCAGGAUUCUUUUUGUGUGUAUAUACAUCAAUCAGCCGUAACAUUAAAACCACUGACAGGUGAAGAAGUGAAUAACAUUGAUUAUCUCAUGACAAUGGCACCUGUCAAGGGGUAGGACAUAUUAGGUAGCAAGAGAAGAGAACAGUCAGUUCUUGAUGUUGAUGUGUUGGAAGCAGGAAAAAUGGGCGAGCGUAAGGAUCUGAGUGACUUUGACAAAUUAUGAUGGCGAGA